AUGGCUAGAUAUUACAAUUCAACUUAUUCUGAUUAUCUCCAAUAUUUGUCACUGCCAAUCACCUUCUUCUUCUUCCUAGCUGUACUAUUUCUCUUCUUGAUCAUAACUUGGUACAUAAACUAUGAGUUCUUGUAUGAAGACUUGAUGAAUCAGAUCAAGUUAUCCCUCAUGAUAUUACCAGUGCUACUUCUACUUAUCCUGCACUGGUUGUCUGUCCACAAUCCACAGAGAGUCCCAUUCGCUAUGUCAUUGCCCAAGAAGGAUGCACUUCAUAGGGCCGGAGGGUCACCAUGGGGAGUCGCUAUUCUGCUUGUGUUCCUUAUGUUCAUGAUCACUCACCGUGCUUCUUUGCAAGAAAGAUGGAUCUUCAACUUCUUUUCUGUGAAAAUGGCAAGUCUUUCUCCCAGCAGAGAUCUUGUGGAGCAGGGAUGGUUACCAAUCGCUGCAGCUCUGCCAUCUGAUAUUCUGGAUCGAUCAUCUUAA